UGUCUGCCUCAGCAGUCAUGCUUAAGAGAGCUGCAUAGUAAAUACUCUGUUUGCAACAAUGGGGUCCAGGCAGCUCAUUGUGUUUGGCUUUGUGCUUGCAUGUGUCAGGCUUAGUGAUGCUCGAUUUCUCAGUAUAAGUGUACCAACCUACUGGGGGGUCGAUGCACAGAAGCCUGCAGAGGUGGAAGCUGAGCCAGGAGCAGAACCUGAGAGAGAGCACUCCAGGGAGUCUUCUCAACAAGCUGGCAGGCUCCAGUCAAAGCAGAUCCAGCGAGCAGUCAAGCCAUUCUCCUGGAAGUUUCCAGAUGAUCCAGUGGAUCCAGUGUACAAGCAUCCCCCAAAGUUUAAACUGCGGCAGCCGGUGGUGGCAACCAACUGUGUUGCUUUGAGGUGCGGGGAAAGUAGGAUCCAAGUGGAAGUGAGUCAGGACCUGCUGGGCCUUGGAAAGCUGAUAAAGCCAGAGGAAAUCACACUUGGUGGUUGUUCAGCCACUGAGAUUGACGAGUUGUCUCAUGUGCUGAUCUUUGAAUCUGAGCUGCACAGCUGUGGCAGCACACUUGUGAUGAUUGAGGAUGCCUUCAUUUAUGCCUUUACACUGGUCUACAACCCCAAAGUGUUUGGCAAAAGUAACAUCAUAAGGAGUCAGAGUGCUGUCAUUGGAGUUGAGUGCCACUACCCGAGGUGAACUGAAAUCUGGAUCAGCCUACAAAGACCCACUUAAUUUACUGUAGGAAGAAAUCAGCUUUAUGUGUAAUAGUAAACCCACAAUAAAAGUUUUAACCUCAA